UCAAAUGUGUAUUGAUUAUUGAUAAACCAACCAAGCAAAAACAUGCAAUACUUUUGUUUAUCCACCUACAAAACACCAAACCCAAACAGUCAUAAAUCAUAAAUUAUGAUUUGAGUUUGAUUCAUCCACUGUUUUGGGAUCUGCGUUGACGGUCUGAUACAGUUCAUAAGCAAACAAACAAAGAGAAAGAAGAGCGUGAGAAAAUCAGUACUUUUUCACUAAUCACAUCCUUCUUGAAGGUGACAUUAUUAUCUUCAAUGUUAAAGAUUUGAACUUUUCAACGAAAGAAAACCACAGAUUUCUCGCUUUUAGAAGUUUCUGCAAUCUGGGCUCUUGAACUUUGGUUUGAUUACAACCUCUCUUCUCAACAAGUGUUUGGUUAGUAGGAAAAUAUAAUCCCUGCCAAAAGAAUCUUCUGGGAAUUCAUUCAAGGCCAAAAGAAAAAGAAAACAUGGUUCAGUCACUGGAAGCCAUCAAGGGUGGUGGAGGAUCCAUCAGAGUGGGGACCACAGGCACAAUCAGUUCCCUCAUGACAAGGGAAUUGGAAUCCAUGAAAGCUUCAUCUCAGAAGCCUUCACCAUCUUCAUCUAGAAAUAAGCCACAAGCUGUUCCUUAUGUUGGUGCUUCUCCUUCCACUCCAAGAAGACUACUACAGCCAAGGAAAACUUCUGAUGAAGCCAGCAGCAGCAGCAGCAGAACUAGCAAUCACGCGAACCCGGAUUUCGCUCGGAAAACAAAAGGGUAUCCCAAGAAUACACAUAGAAUCCCAAUGCUUGGCUCUGAUAAUAUAGCUCUAGAUAGAACUCCUAGUAGGGAAAAAACUGACAAGAAAGGGCCUAUCAACAUUGUUGAAGUUGUGGACAUAAAGUGCGGAAAUUCAGAUAAUAAUAAUAAUCGAGCUUGGACAAGCCCCAUAACAAGCAGGUUGAGGAAGUUAGGCUUCUCAAAGCUCUCAGAGAGCAUUGUCUAAGCCUGCAACUUCUUCACAUCUGUUUUCAAAUUUCUGUAACCGAAACCCGAAAUCCCAACUGGCCUACUACUAUUGUUGUCCGAAACUUCCACCACAGAACACAUGCUUGGUAGGAGUUUGUUGCCUCCUCUCUUUUUCUUCUUCUUUUGAGUUGCCAAAACUGAUCCAUUGGUCGGAUUUGAAGCAUGACUAGUGCUUGAAGAGGCCGCCAUAUCUGUGACAUCUGACCGAGGCUUCUCCUCCGAAAAGUCGCCUCGGCUACUCAGCUCCAGUUGAUUGAAGUAGUUGAUUUCCUUCAUGACUAGGGAACCAACUGUGCCUCGGGUUCCUAUUUGGACAGGAUUAUAGGGAGCCAUUUUCUCAGCUUCUGCUGUGGAAAUUGCGCUUGGUUUAUGCAUUUUUGCUUUGCUUGGAAAAAGAAAGGAGGAUUUGGGUUUUGUUUCAGUUUGAGACAUUCUGCUGAUUUUUGUGUUUAGUGUGUUUCACUCACAGGGAUUCUUUACCAUAUUGUCUUUAUCUAAAGUGAACAAAGUUGAAGUACUGGGUGGUGGUGAUAUGGUUCACAAUA